GAGAGGGUAGUUAAAGAUUAUAGUUAGUCAGCCUAUUAAAUCGCAGAGAGUUAGCGCUUCUCUCUACCGUUUCAGGUUCUUGGAAUAUUAAACAAGAACUACAUUUUAAAAAAUUAGUUAUAAUCUAAUUAGCAUAAACAUGGCAAAUCGACCUGUACAGAAGGCGACCAGCAGUCAGCCACAUUUCCUGCAGUUCAACAACCUCGCAUGUGAAACAGCUGGAGGAAAGGUGAUUUUUGCCACAGAUGAGUGGUUUGCCCCUGGCAGAAAUCUUUUGAAGCGAGACCCUCCAGAAUUCAUAGCCUCAGCGUUUACUGAAUAUGGGAAAUGGAUGGAUGGCUGGGAAACCAGGAGGAAAAGAAUUCCAGGUCACGACUGGUGCAUCGUGCAGUUAGGAGUUCCAGGAAUUAUUCAUGGCUUUGAUGUGGACACAUCGUUCUUCACGGGGAACUAUGCCCCAUACGCCUCCAUUCAAGCUGCAUGUCUUGAUCAGAUGCCAUCGUUCACUCUUGAAGGAGAUCGUACAGGCAUGGCAGCUUCCCCAAGCCAGUUUGAAGCUGUGGCAAAGCUGAACUCAGACAGCUGGGAAGAGAUUGUCCCGAUGACAAAGCUGAAGCCGGGUUACUCUGAAUCAUGCCACAACUACCUGAGUGUCACCUAUCCACACAGAGUUACCCAUAUCCGCCUCAACAUAUAUCCAGAUGGUGGCGUUGCAAGGCUGAAAGUUUAUGGCAUUGGGAAGAAGGACUGGUCCACUGUGCCUAGUCAAGACCUAGUGGAUCUUGUUGCCUUGGUUAAUGGAGGUGUAUGCGUAGGCUACAGCGAUGCCCACUACGGUCACCCACGCAAUAUGAUUGGUCUUGGGAGGGCUGACAACAUGGGUGACGGGUGGGAGACAGCCAGACGCCUGGAUCGGCCCAAAAUUUUAAGGGUGGACGAGAAAGGCAUAUUGCAGGUUCCAGGCUGUGAGUGGGCUAUUCUCAGACUAGGACAUCCUGGUAUCAUAAGCAAAAUUGAGCUAGACACCAACCAUUUUAAAGGAAAUUUUCCAGACUCCUGCAAGAUUGAGGCCUGCAGUGUGACCCCAGAUGAGGAGAACGAUUUAAUUCUUAGCCAGUGGCGCUCUGACAAAAUCCCCAAGUGGAGAAUUCUCCUUCCUCCUCAAAAACUGAAGGCACACCACAGGCAUUUGUUUUCUGGAGAGUCUGUGGUGCAUUGUGGGCCUGUGACUCAUGUGCGAUUGGUCAUAGCUCCUGACGGAGGGGUCAGCAGACUCAGACUCUGGGGUCGACCGGUGUCCAGCAACUUGACUCGCCCUCAACAAAUCUCCAAACUGUGAUGCCAUCAUGUAGUUUCAACACACAGUUACAGAAGAAUGAAGGACUUCAGCUGUGAUAUAAAAUAUUAACACCAUAGCGUUAAUAAUUGUCGUAAUAACAAUACUGUAUACAAGUAUAUAGUACUAUACACAAAUACUAUACAAUACAUUUACCUAAAAGUGGUGCAGUAUACAAUUGAAUUUUAUGGUCAAGGCUAAUGUUUCAUAAAACACCAAUAAAAUUCUCUCAUAGUAACUAA